AAGAAAUAUGAAAUAAACACAGGUAAAAUAAUUGUCUGUGAAAAGUGUUGAGAAGUAAGUAAACUAAAAAGUAAAAAAACAAUGAAUGACAAGAUAAAACAGAUUUACGAAUAAUAAGCGUCCCAUAAACAUAACGAUAAAUUAAGAAGAGAAAUAAGCAAAUUGAGGCUGAAGUCAAAAUACUUUGUGCUUAUAAAAAGGUGUAAUAGUCACGGCAUGGAAUUUUUGUUCCCCCUUUGCAACGAAGUACAAUUUUAAUGCUUAUGUUAAAGAAGUGGUUUGUAGGCUUGUAUUUACAAUAUCUAAAUAUAUUUGUUUCUUUUUUAUGUUUGGCCAUCUUGCAGGCAUUUUUUGAACUGGUAUUUGGUUGUAAGCUUGUGAUUACUGGUGAUAAGAUUAGUGAUAAUGACAGUCCAUUGAUCAUCAUGAACCACAGGUGUAGACUUGACUGGAUGUUUUACUGGAUGGCGUUGUUGAGAUAUGGUCGCUUAGCCAAUGAGAAAAUCAUUAUGAAACAGGAGCUGAAAUUUAUUCCUGGACCUGGUUGGUGCAUGCAAAAUUUGAUGUAUUUUUUUCUACUCAGAAGAUGGGAACAGGACGAAAGCUAUUUGGAUCGCAUACUAAAUUAUUUUAUCGAUAUGAAUUACCCCUUACAACUUUUCUUGUUCCCAGAAGGUACAGAUUUAUGCAAGGAGAGUUUAGAAAGAAGUCACAAAUACGCAGAGAAAACAGGCCUGGUAAAAUAUGAGUACUGUCUCCAUCCUCGAGUGAAAGGUUUUCAUUAUUUGGUGCAAAAAUUACGAGGUAAUAUCCUCGAUACGGUGCAUGAUGUUACGGUAGGCUAUCCCGUAAAUUUAUGUUACGGUGAGCUAGACUUACUGCAGGGUAAUUUUCCCAAAGAAAUUCACAUUUUAAUUAAAAGAUAUAAAAUGAAAGACAUGCCUGCCACCUCGGACGAGCUAGAUGAAUGGUGUAUAGAACGCUGGGCGGAGAAAGAAAGUAGGUUGAAGAAAUUCUAUGAAGAUGGAAAGUUUACCGAAGGUGGUGAUGAAGUGUAUGAUAAAAGCAUCGAAGAAAAAAUGAAGGCGGUUAUGUAUUUCAUUUUUGCGUUUUGGACGAUUUUUCUUGUGUUGGUUACUUACAGUCUGUGGUUUUACUCAGUAGCGCGUUGGUAUUGCUUUCUUAUGGUCGUAUUUUACAGUAUCCUAAGUGUGCGAGGAGGUACUGAUGCGUUUCAGUUAGGUGUUCGUGAUUGGUUGAAUGAGCGGAAUAAAAAGACCUGAAGUAUCUGUAGGUAGUGAUGAAGUUUUUGAGAAUUACAAAGAAUACUAAUGUUUAAGAAUUUUUAAAUCUUGUUGAUAUUAUAUAUAAUUGGUAAAAUUCUAGAUUUUCAUUUUUUUAAUUAUUAUUCUAAUGUAGGAGUUUUGGAUUUGUACAUACAUUAUCUGUAUAUUUGCUUAGCUGAUCACUUCCGCCAUUUGUAUUGUGUUUUUAUCAGAUUUUUAAUUUAGUUAAUGCUUAGCAACAAAUUCAAAGAUGUAGUUUUAAGAGAGAAACAACUUUUUUGUCCACUGCGUAUUUGUUCUUACCAUUCGUAAACUGUAAAAAAAAUCAGCAUCCAUGUGCAUUGCCCUCAUUGAUAGUCGAUUAUACAACAAUUUUGUCCUAAAAUAUAAACAUCUUUUUUCUUUCAUAGCGUACAUUUCUCAAUGUUUGACUGAUUCUUUGUUUUGAGAUUUUCAAAAGACUGUACGCGCUUAGCAUAUCCAAUUUUAUUUACUGAAAUAUGAAGGUUGAAGACAUUUUUCAUAAGCAUGUGUUUGAGAUAUAGUUGUACCGAGAAAGAUGUUUUAUUGAGAAAGAUGUUCUUGUGCGUCCAACGAAAAAAGAUAUCUUAAUCAAAAACUGAGAUGUUGCUUAACACAUUUUUUAAAUUGAAUCCUUCCCCUGUAUUUGACCAAUCAUGUUAAUAUAUUUGUUCAUUUUGUCUAAUUACGCUAAACAUUUUUAGGUUUCUGUCUCUUAAAUACAUAAAAAAUUAUGGAAUAUAUACCUGUUAUUAUAUCUCCAUUUAUAUAUAGUUCGUAGUUUUUCGUUUUUUGUUAGUUUUUUAUGAGUGUUUUUAUUAGAGUCGAAGUGGAUGCGAACCGUUUCGUGUGCUCUUCUUUUUAAGCACGCUACUUUUCAUCCCUGCACUGAAAACAUCUUUAUGCUGCAGCAUUAAGACUCUUCUACCGCCUUGAUUGAUUUUCGUGUAUGUCACUAAAAUCAAAAAUUGUAUUCCAUUUCGUAGCUCUUCUAAAAUUUUAGUUAGAAAAAACUUUUUGCGCAAGAAAAACUUUUAGGAGCAAAAUAUCACUCUUGUGUGUCACACCAAUCAGAUUUUAUAUGUAUUUGAAACGUUGGCUAAUGGAGAGUCAUGCAAUUGUCGAGUUUUUGCGUUAACUAGUGUUUCUAUCGUUCAAAAUCUGUAAAUAAAGCUUCGAGACACAUAUUCACCUGUACGGAACACCACCCCGCAGACAGCGGGUUUAUUUGUCUUUUUGUGUGUUCACGUUCUGCGCAAAACAAUUUAAACUGGCUUUUAUGCUUUUCAAGUUAUUUUAUUGCUCAUUUCCAAUUAGUUUGUUUGGUCUUGAAACUAUCAUCUUUUCUCUACGUUAUUUUGAUGUAAUAUUUUACGCAUGCGUAAUACGUCAUAUUUAAAAAAGCAUCAGUUUUCAAUGCAAGGAUGUAAAAAAUAUGUUUCCGUUUUAAAUUUAGCACGGCACGUUUUUCUUAGGUAUGUUCCACUUAUUUCUUGUUAUUUUAUCACUAGUGUAAAACAGGCCUUAACGACACUUUCAUAUUUAUUUUUUAUUUUAUUUUUAUUUUCGCUUUAUUACUUUGUUUUUAUUAUUGAUUUUUAAAAUAGAUUUCUGGAAAGGC